UAUUUACGGUUAUUUUACGUUAUUUUCAUAUUUAUAAGAUACUGUAGAAGGAAUUCUUUUAAAUAAAUGACAUCUUGUCAACAUUGAAGACUUGUACAACAUCUUGCUAUUGAAUUACAUCAUUUAAUAUUUAAUAAGAAUAUAAAAUCGAAAAAUAAGAAUACGAACAAUUAUGAGAGAAGUCCGUAUAUUUCGUUUUGAUGGGCAAUAUUAAAAGAAAAUGCACUCUAAUAAUACCGUGUACCUAGCAUCGUUAUUAAUGCAAGAACGUUGUCGUCGGAGAUGUCUCAACAACUAUGAACCGAUGACAUACUACAUUUCACCAUUGCCGAGGGAAGAUUUGCUACUAUAUUAAAUAAAAAUAUGGACUUAUUGCCGUUGAACUUUUAUGUUCUUCGUUUUUGUGGCAUGUGGAAGGAACGUAAGGAUAGAAACUUGAUAGUACGCUUUAUCACUUUCUGCUAUAGAUACAUAAUCGUUGCUUUAAUAUACUACUUUACGAUAUCUGAAAUAAUUGAGCUUAUACGUACGAGAAAUGACGUGGAUGAUUUAACGGAAGGUUUAUUCCUUGCCUUAACUUAUAUUAGCCUGUGCCUAAAAUAUUUAAACAUUUUGAUACGGCAAUGCAAAUUACGUGAAUUGGUAAAUUGUUUUCGCGUGAAGCAUUGUCAGCCAAAAAAUUCAGUGGAAGAAUUGAUAUUAAGACGAUACCAUAUCAAAGCUAAGAAGAUCACAUGUGUCUUCAUGUUCAUGUCACAAACGACGGGUUUAUUGAUGAUUAUAACACCUCUAAUGGUAGAGAACAAAAGACAAUUGCCAGUGAAGAUGUACGUACCGUACUCCGUAGCGGAAUUAUUUCCUUAUCUUUUGACCUAUCUUAAGCAAGUUGCAGGGAUAUUUUAUGGGGUAUUACUAAACGUCACUUUUGACUGCCUCGUUUACGGUUUUAUUAUUCAAACCUGCGGGCAGAUCGAGCUGUUGUGCUAUCGAUUGUCGGAAACAUUUCGAUUGCUUCAGAAGAAUAGUGAAGAGAAGAAAGACGACACAAUUGAGAAAUUUGCCAUCGCAGAAUGCGUGAGACAUCAUAUUUCUGUGUGUAACAUCACACACAGGAUACAAUCGUUAUUUAUGUGGGCCACUACCAUUUUGUUUUUCUGCAGCCUUCUCAUUCUCUGCACCAGCAUCUAUCAAAUGUCCAAAACAAAACUCUUUGGAGUUGAAUUCUUCACUUUUGUGCUAUACUUUGGAUCAAUGUUGUUUCAAGUAUUUUCAUAUUGCUGGUAUGGUAACGAGCUCGACUUAAAGAAUAAAAAUAUCGCUUAUGCUAUUUAUUCUACUAACUGGUUCUCAAUAUCGGUCAAGCAACGUAAAUGCUUGUCAUUUGUAAUGAUGAUAAGCCAGAGAGGACAAAUUAUUUCUUUUUACGGAGUUUGUUCAUUAGUUCUUAGCACUUUUACGUGGAUUUUAAAGACGUCGUAUUCUGCUUUCAAUUUGUUGCAACAAGCUUCCAAUUAAUA